AUGCCGCACUCCACGUCGCACUCGACCGGUUCCCACAUGCGGGCUGCGUCCCAAACUCGAUCGUCCACAAACAAGUCUUUUGGGGAAUCACACGGCGGGCCAGGGCAGGGAGAGACGGAAAAAUUUCCCGAUUUCGAUGCCGGGCAGACUCUUCCAGGCGGGCAACCGUCGGGCCAGCGGUGGCAGCAAAACGGCUUGACGCCCGGCAAUGGUGACGCCUCUCAUGCGGGUCGCUGGCACGCCCGUAGAGACAGUAGGGUAAGAUGGGCUCCUCCGGACGCCACCUCGGGCUUCUCGGGCCAUUCCAAGAAGGCCAGAAUUAGCAGUACCGUCCAUCGAAUGCGCUCCGCUAGCAUGAGCCAAAACGCCCAGGAGAUCGCAGGAGCGCUUCGUGCGCCCGUCUCUUGGAAGCUGAUCGGGCUCUGCGUCAUGUGGUACUGGUCGUCCGCCCUGACCAACACCUCCUCGAAAACCAUCCUCACGGCCUUCGAUAAGCCCGCAACCUUGACUCUUGUCCAGUUCGCCUUCGUAUCCUCAUACUGCAUGCUGUUCUCAUGGCUGGCGUCCACGUUCCCGCGACUUAGAGACGCAGUCCCGGCGCUGAGGCAUCCGAUCCGGGCUCCUUCACGAGAUGUGAUCAGAACCACACUACCGCUAGCCGCCUUCCAAAUAGGGGGCCACCUCCUCAGUUCGAAUGCCACCUCCAAAAUACCCGUGUCUCUCGUCCACACCAUCAAGGGACUCUCCCCACUCUUCACCGUCCUAGCCUACCGCUUCAUCUUCGACAUUCGCUACCCCAAGGCGACAUACCUCUCCCUCAUCCCACUUACUUGCGGUGUCAUGCUCGCUUGCUCGGGCAAGCACGGGUUUGGCGGGCAAUUCCUCGGCAUUCUCUACGCCCUGCUCGCCGCCAUGAUCUUCGUUACCCAGAACAUCUUUUCCAAGCGGCUCUUCAACGAGGCGGCGCGUGCUGAGCAGGAAGGGCCCAACCACCAAUCCCGCAAACUCGACAAGCUCAACCUGCUCUGUUAUUCAUCCGGGAUGGCAUUCCUCUUGACGGGCCCCAUCUGGCUAUGGUCGGAGGGAGUCGAUAUCAUCGGCGAUUUCCUCUGGGACGGCAGCGUGGACCUGAUCCAGAGCCCCAACUCGCUCGACCACGGUCCGUUGGUACUAGAGUACAUCUUCAACGGCACCUUCCACUUCGGCCAGAACAUCCUCGCCUUCGUGCUUCUGUCCAUGGUCUCGCCCGUCACGUACUCGGUCGCGUCGCUGAUCAAGCGCGUUUUCGUCAUCAUCAUCGCCAUCAUCUGGUUCCGCAGCCCCACCACCCGCAUCCAGGCCGUCGGCAUCGGCCUUACCUUCUUGGGCCUCUACCUGUACGACCGCAGCAGCGAGAAGAACAAGGCGGACCAGCGCGCCCGCUCCAUGACCGAGACGCGCCGGGAGGCCACGCUACUACCGCUAAGCACGAAGCAUGUGCUCCCGACCGGGCCGGGGGGCCAGGUCGGCCCACCGUUCUUUGAGAGCCCCGUGGGGAUGGGCGACCCUGCGGUCGGGCAUGCAUACACGCACGGCAGUGCAGCGGCGGCGGCCUUCGCGUCGAGCAGUGUCAUGACCGAUACUAAGAAGUCGGAUGAUGCCGGCGGGCGCGGUGGCAGGAAUAGGGGGAUGAGCAAUGCCGCGUGGCGGCCGCCGGGGACGAGACAGGAAGAUACGUGGCGGACGGGCGACAGCCCGAAAGCGGCUGCGCGGUGA